AACAGGAAAUGCGAAGAGGAAAAUAAUCUAGAAGGAUGUAGCUAAAUGCCAGGCGACUUGAGUUUGUAGAGGAGGCUGCCUGACAUUGUUUGCACGUGUUAUGGCAGUGGCGUUUCAUUUGAUCUGUUUCGUGCAGCUUCUCCCCGCAUACAGGACCUCGCCAUAUGAGGAACAAUAAUUCAAACUGGAUAAGUUUCCCCGCAAUAGGAAGGCUCAAACACGAUCAAGGUUCAACAACAGGGCAUACUUUCAUUAAGUUAUAUAGACGGCGUAAGGUCAUCAUCACUACAGCGCAACCUAGGCUACAAGCGAGCACCACUCGGGUCGCUCUAUGGAAUAUGAACAACUGUGUCUCCCAGACCAGCAACCGGACAGCAGACCCUUUGGAGGGUCAUGAGGUAUGGGAGGUGCUGGUGAUUGUGAUCAUCACAGUGCCCCUCUCUCUGGUCACCAUCCUUGGCAACCUGCUGGUUUUGAUCUCCUUCCGGGUCAACAGCCAGCUGCGCACCGUCAGCAACUACUUCCUGUUGAGCCUGGCGGUGGCAGACUUAAUCCUCGGCGCCGUUUCCAUGAACCUGUACGCCGCGUACAUCAUAAUGGGCCGUUGGGCCCUGGGGAGCGUGGCCUGUGACCUCUGGCUGGCCGUGGACUACGUGGCUAGCAACGCGUCCGUCAUGAACCUGCUGGUGAUCAGCUUCGACCGCUUCUACUCCGUCACGCGGCCGCUGACCUACAGGGUCAAGAGGACGACGCAGCGGGCGGUGGCGGCCAUCGUCCUGGCCUGGGCCGUGUCCUUCGUCCUGUGGGGCCCCGCCAUCCUCUUCUGGCCGCACGUGGUGGGCAGGGCCUCGGAGCGCCAGGACAGCUGCUCCAUCCCCUUCAUGGGCGACGCCGUGCUCACCUUCGGCACGGCCAUCGCGGCCUUCUACCUUCCGGUCACCAUCAUGGUGAUCCUCUACUGGAAGAUCUACUGGGAGAUCGAGCAGCGCUCCCAGGGUCGGGAGGGGCUGCUGGGGUCUGUGAGCAGCGCAGGGGGUCCCCAGGGCUCCGGGGGGAGGUCUGUCAGCAGCACCAAGAGCAGCUCCAGCAGCGCCCGAGAGGGCCCAGGGGGGAAGGAUCCAUGCAGGGAGGACUCCCAGGGGAGAGGGUCAGCCAAACCCUCCCUGCCCCCCACCACGGGCAGCAACGGGGAGGGCUGCGCAGGAAGCAGGGGGGCAGAAGGAGGGAGGGGCUCUACUGCCUCUCUGUCCUCGGAUGAGGAGUCAGAGCAGAGGCAGGUGAGGCCCAGAACGGUAUCAGGUCCUCCGGCCACGCUCCCUCUCAGCGAGGCCCCAGACACCGCCCCCCCCCCGGGAGACCCCCCGGCCCUCAGGGUGGAGGACCUCCGAGGCCGGCAGCCUUCCCUCCGGGGCUCCAGCUUGUCCGAGUCCAGGCGAACCAGACAGCCCAAGGCCAGGCGGAGGAGGAACAGGAUGAUCACGGAGAAGAAGGCAGCCAGGACCCUGAGUGCCAUCCUGCUGGCCUUCAUCCUCACCUGGAGCCCCUACAACAUCAUGGUGCUGGCCUCCUUCUCCUACUGUGUGCCUGAGAAGCUGUGGCAGCUGGGCUACUGGCUGUGCUACAUCAACAGCACCGUGAACCCCAUCUGCUACGCCCUGUGUAACAAGCACUUCCGGGUCACCUUCAAAUCCCUGCUGCUCUGCCGGCUCGGGCAGAGGGACUGGGGGAGGACUCGCCACGGCAACUCCGCCACGACCCGGAUGCAGAGAACGGGCAGCACUGUGAGGAGCCCCCAGGACCCUUGACCUCUGACCUCACCCGUGGUACAGAAUUUGACUGCAGAUCUUGAGGUCGCAGGUUUGAAUCUUCCCCCUGUACCAGCCCACCUGUUACCUUGGCAGGUAUCUGCUAAAUGAAUCAUUUUCAAUAAGACAUUAAACACAAUUGCAUAUGUUUACAGAGACUACAGAGUCACUAUAUACAGGGUUCCUGCAGGUUUUAGUAAAUCAAAUUUAAGACCCUUUGAAGGCAUUUUAAGACCAUAAAGAUUCAAAUUAAGAUUGAAUCGUGAGGUACCAAAAUAUUCCCACCCAUAAUAGACAGUAAGCUGUACAUUUCUGUUUAAUAUUUAUCCGUGUUGCAGAAAUAAAUAAGUCUAUUCAAGAAAAGUCUACUUAUCGUCAUUGUAUUUUGUGAACAAGUUCUUAGAAAUCUGUCGGCAAACUUUCACUUGUUUUGUAAGUAUGAUUAGAAGGCAGAGUAUUCUGUUUUAUAACUUGGCAUUAGCAGAAACAAAACAUACUUGUCCUUUGGCAUUUAGUAGUGUCAUAAGGGCAAUUACACCGUCUUGUAGAAAGUAACUUUGCAGGAACCCUCUGUGGCUCAGUGGGUAAGCAUGUGUACCAUCACGUCUACUGCCAAACACUGUAGCCCUGGUUCAAAUCUUCCUCAAACCUAUUGAUAAUUCAUUUAACUGAUAU